AUGGAUACCUACAAGUUCGCUCAAGUCUUCGCCAUCUCGUCCUCCUUCUGGCUGUCAGGCGAGAUCUUUACCUAUUCCCACGGCGCAGUGCCUGCCACCUUAGAAGCCACUUCAACCUCCCAGACAUUAGCAGCCAAGCAAUGGGCUAGAUUCUACCGCCGAGGACACGCCGUUGGGCCUCCUUGCGCGUUCCUAGCAGCAGGAUCAUUCGUUUGGUGCGCCAUGACAUCACACAGCUUGCUGCACUGGGGUGCCGCGGCACUCAACGUCGGAAUUGUUCCGUGGACUCUUCUCUUCAUGGUAAAAACGAACAAGGGCAUAUUUGAGUUCGCAGACCGAAAGGAUCAAAAGAGUUCACAAGAAGAAGACUCGCGACUGACUGCCCUGUUGAACAAAUGGGCUACCCUCAACACUGUCCGUUCUUUCUUCCCAUUCUUGGGUGGUCUUAUGGGGUUGGUGGCUGCUCUGUCUUGA